UGCUUGACGCGGACUAUAGUCAAAACAGUUUGUAAUAACCCCUUUAGAAAGUGCUUUUGUGGAUGAAAUUAAAAAAAAAGUGUUGGUACCAUUGACAUAGUGUUUCUGUGUCCAGUGUUGUGAUUGAGUUAUCUGUGACGUUAUUGGCAAUAUUUUUGGAUUUUGAAUUUGGAAUCCCUGUUUUGCUACACAAUUUGAUAACUUGCCAAAAACCAUGUGAAUACAGUGUCAAAAGUGAUGUGUAUUAAUAGAAAAGUGUUGAAAUAACAGUGAAGUGAAAGCAGAGCUUUUCUGCUUUUAAUGUUGCAAAAGAACGCUUUGUAACUGCUUAAAUUAGCAGUUAUUGCAGCAGGUGAAGCUACACCUAUGGUCGGGAUGAUGUGGUUCAAGAGGGAACCGAAACCGAUCCCGGAGAAAUCCGUGGAGAACGGUGUAGGUGUGGUGAAUAAGCUGAGGAAGAAGAAAGGUAGUCUGUUGAAGCCGACGAGAGAAUCCAGCGAGAGAGAGACGUCAACAGAAAGUGACAAGGAGAAGAGACGGUACUCUGACAUUCUUGAUAUGAAGGUAUCUUUAGAACGCCGAGAUGAAAGCGACGAAUCGUUGUAUGAAUCUGCUGAUUGUCAUAGUGAUGCAAUCUCAGCCAGUGACGAUGCACUGCCCAGGCUCAGUAAAACUCCAACAAUGAGCAAAGAAUCACUAAAGUUAGCAGUAACUGAUGAGGAAGUGGAUCUGGUCAAAAACAAAAAAGGACAUCGCAAAACAAUGUCCUUAUCUAAUCCAUUGGAAAUAGUAAAAAGUCUUGGCGAUGAAUGGCUUGACGCUACAAAAAAAGAGUUAGAUAAACAUUCAGAGAAGAAAAAAUCAAGAGAGAGCCUUUUCAGUGAAGAGGAUAGGGAAUCUAUUCACGGUUCCACUAUAAAAUUGGAUCAGACUAGAAAAAACAGUAAAAAAGAAGACAAAAGUCAGUCCAGUAGCAGGAAAAGUAGUACAACUGAAGCUCCAAAGACGAGGAAAUCGAGUAAAGGAUCGUCUGUCAGUGCUCUCAAUUUUCUUAGAAGGAAAAAAACUCCUACAUCUCUCAAACCAGUGGAAUCGGUUGCAGAAGUAAAUGAUAAUAUCAUCAGUACAGAAGAGAUUUUGAAUUAUACUAGAUUGUUUUUAGAGGAAGAAAAACAUCAUGCAGCCAUUUCCCAAAGUAAACCUGUAGUAGAUACAGAUUCAGAUGAGGAACCACCUACCCCCAAAUUGAUUGGUGAACACAGGAGACGAUUAAGUAGACAGACAUCUAGAGGAAAGAGUAAAGUUAGAGGAAAGAGUCAGAAUCUAAAAAUUAACACGUUAAGGAAAUCGCAUAGCGGAACAUUAAAGAAAGGAAAGAAGAAGAACCCAAAAACUCCUGUAGCUGGUAGAAGCAGACAAGCUAGUAUAGUGGAACAGACUCCUCUUAUCAAGAAGAAAAACUCUGACUCGCAUAAGCAUAAUUCUUGGCUGUUCAGUGGAUCAAAAGGAGAGGCAAGAAGGGAGGGUUCCACGGAAGAACAAACCGCACCAGAUGCUGACGUGGACACCAGCGAUCCAAACACUAAGGAAGCACCUGAUAAAGACAAUAAUUGGCGUGCAGCGGCAUCUAGCGGUCGUGGCGUGAACCGCGCAGAGAGUUGCCGCGAACGGGACGCGCCGCGGCGCGGGAAGCAUCGCAACGCUUCCGACCCCAAUCGUCUCACAGCGCACAACAACCAUGAUCUCGAGCCGUGUGCAACAACAGCACCCUCUGGCAGCAGCAGCAGUUCCAGUUUAUCAUCACGCAGCAAUGAAAACUUCGACAGUCAAAUAAAUUCAUCCCAGUCCGACUGGUCAGAAGAAGACGAGCCUCUGGCGGCGCAGUGGGCCGACAGUCUUCCCCCACAUGUUCUCGAAUCGCUGAAACUGUCUUCGGCGAUGCGGAAACGGCAAGAGGUCAUACAUGAACUAAUAGUGUCUGAGGGAUCCCACGUGCGUUGGCUGAAGGUGCUCGGCGGCGUGUUCCUCCGCCCCCUGGAGAGUCACCCGGCUCUCCUCUCGCCCGACGAGCUACGAGCCCUGUUCCCCAACUUGCCCAGCGUGAGGGAGCGCCACGCUCGCCUCUAUAGCGAAUUACGCGCUCUACGGAACGAUACACCAUCGCAUCUCGUUCAAAUACGACCGCUAGCUGACGCCAUGUUGAAUACGCUAGGAGAGUCUGGCUACUCGUCGUGUUUGGCGCGAUUCUGUCGAGGCCAGCGACUAGCAUUGGAGUCUCUUCGUGAACGUCGCAAGAAGAAUAAAGAGUUGCAUCAGUUUUUGUCCAGCCGCGAACAGUUGCCGUUGUGUGGUCGACUACAGCUGAGAGAUUUGCUCGCUUGUGUGUGGCAGAGACUGACAAAAUACCAGUUGCUACUUGAGGGUGUACUGAAGACUGUGGGCGAGAAUGACGAUGAAAACGAAGAAGAUUUAGCUCGCCUUAAACGAGCUCUAGACGUGGCCAAAGACGUAUUGCAUACUGUCGACACGGCGAUACACACGGCUGAGAAUGAGCACAGGUUGCGUGCCAUCCAGAGCAAGCUGGAGGUUCGUGCGCCCGCGACCGGGGAGUGGGACGAGCUGCGGCGGCUCGAACUCACGCAGCGACGUCUGCGGCACGAGGGAGAGCUGUUCAUACGCAGCGACACCAACAAGAAGAUCGCAGUACUAGCCCUGAUGCUGGAAGACAGUUUGGUGUUGCUGCAGCGAGAGGGCGAAAAAUUCGUCCUCAAACCGAUACAAGUGCGGGCAGACCCGAGCCAGCCGGGCUCACUGUCGCCACUUAUUAAAUGGGAUAAGGUUCUGUUCCGGCCAAACGCCGCGGUACGCAACACUUUCUUCCUCAUGAACAUCAACGGCGUACAAAUGCACGAGCUUUCUGUCAACAAUCUCACGGAUUAUGCUACAUGGGUGAAACACAUUCAAGAAUCACCAUUGGCUAAGUUGGCCGAAACGAAACCAAACAUAACGCCGUCACAUCAGGCGAGCCGCUCCAAUGAUGAUUCAGGUAUAAACGUAUCUCGCAAUCCAUCUGAUGCGUCCGAAAAGUCAACAUCGACGGCUCCAGCAGACGAACCCACUGAGAUUGAACGAGAUAGAGCAUCUCUAGAGCGCUCCUCUGUCGAGAGGGAUAAGGACGACAAGAAGACUGAAAGGGAAGACCGCAGGUCCAGUGAGAAGGAGGGAGAAGUCGCGGAGAGGGAAGAGAAACAUGUCCCGCGGCGGCCGACAGUGGGCCGCAUCAGCACGCACUGCGGCAGCCCGCGCCCGCUCGAGUGCGGCGCCGCGCUCACCGUGCGCGCGCCCGCCGCGCCCCGCACCGCGCACGCAGUCUGCACGCCGCAAGAGCGGCUACGGCGGCUGGACGAGGUGAUAGCGCGCGCGCUGCGCGCCAAGAGCAGCGUGGUGGGGUCGCUGCUGGGCGUGCCGGCGUCGCAGUUCGCGCAGGUGGCCGAGCUGGCGGCGGCCGAGGCGCAGGGCGAGCUGGGCGCCGCCGACGACGACCACGUGCACCAGCUGCUGCUGGCCGCGCACGCGCAGCUGCACCGCCUCACGCUGCAGGUGUCGCGCGCCAUGACCCUCGGCGACGCGGCCGCCGUCGCGGCGCGCGCGCGGCUCGGCGCCUGCGACCACUGCGCCGCGCGGCCCGGACACGCCGGACACGUGCCGCCCGGACACGUGCCGCCCAGCCCGCCCGCGCUCGCCGGACACCCCGGACACGCGGCGCCCAGGCGGACGCUCGCGCGUACUUCCACUAUUCGCAGCGAAGAUAACAUGGAACCACCAAGCGAAAGCGAAGAGAGAUUUGAUGAGACAGACUUCAAAAUAUCCGAGUCUAUGAGCAUAAUUGACAGUAUAGAUAGAGAGUUGUCGUUCGACAUGUUAACCGACCUCGACGGGUCUAUGGACGUUCUAGAAGACGACCCUGAAGAUGCGUUAGAGAGCGGCGGUGGUGCGGGCGCGGCGCUGACUGGCGCGCGGCUGGCGAGCGGGCUGGGGGCGCUGGGCGGCACGCUGGGCCGGCUCAUGGCCACGCUCCCGGCCAGGGAGCGCGAGCGCACGCUGCUGCGCCGGCAGCUGGCCGCCCAGCGCGAGCUCAACGACCGCCUGCACCACGCCCAAGUUAGUCAAAUACCCGAAGAGAUCUCGGUGGCGAAACCACCCACAGACCAAUCGAUACAGGACCAACCCAGCAAUGGCGGGUGAUCGCAUGGCAAAGAUAAAGCAAAACUGAACUAAUGAUGACAUUUUUAAACCUACACUCCCUUAUUUAUAAAGGUUACAACAUAAACGAACACAUUUGAAAUGUUUUGUCUCUGUCUUUCAAAUUAAAUAGAUAAUUUGGAAGAAAAGAACAAAACUACAAUAAGGGAGUAAGUAUGGCUGGCGCGAGACAGCGCCAAUACCAUAUUGCGGACGAAACUGGAACUAAUCAUAGACAAAAUGGCGGUAACGCCCUAAGUAGUAGUGAUGUAUAACUUAUGUACGAAUUAAUAGCUUCAUCAUAAUCGGUUUAGCAUUUAUAUUAUAUAAAAAAAAUACUAUAAUGUCAUCGUUUUUGUUAUUUACCAUUAAUCGAAUAUCGACUUGUAUAUUUUGUAAUAUUGAUGUUUUCUAUUUGUCUGUACCCUGUUUUUAAGUACGAAACUAUAGUUAGAAGUAAUCUAAAUAAUAUUAUUCCAUAAUUAAGUUUAUUUUAUGUGAUGCUUUGAAGAUUAAGUGAAAUAUAUGUUUUCUCUCUCUCUCUCUUUCUUGUACAUUAUAACAUUUUCCAAAACGAAACCUAAGUUAUGUUGAAAUGUAAAUAAGCGAUUGUUCUAGACGGGACGCUGACGUCUCGUUAUGUUAAUUAUAGUAUAUAUUUUUGUGUAUAAUAAUAAAAUAUAGAAUUGUUACAUUAUAACAUUGUAAUUUAUAAAUAUGUAUUCGAUUUUUAAAGUAUUACUCUUGACAAUAUAUAAAAAAAACUAUAUUUAAUGAGAAAACGUAAUCUCAAUAUGGUAUUCGAUCAAAUCAGUUAAAAAUUUUGUUCCAAAUCAUUUGAAAGUUAUGUUCGUAGUGUUUUUUUUAUUGUAAGUUAAAAAUUGAUCUAUCGACGAUCAUUAUUUAUAUAUACUAUUCAAAUAUAUGUUUAUUUAGCUUCGAGACAAAAUAUUAAUAGCAUUAGUAAGUGGUUCUAGAAAUUUCUUACUCAAAUACGGUAUAAAAAGGAAUUUUUCAUGAUGACGAUUAUGGUGAUGAUGAUGAUGAUGAUACUCAUAUACAUUGUAAGAUAUUAUAUCUAAAGUAGAUUCAGUAUAACCCUUCAAUGCAAUGUAGACUUGUGGAGAAAUAUUAUUAAUCUUAUUUUGUUUAUAUUCUGUCUCAAAGUUAUAUAAAUAACGUAAGUUGAUGUUAAACUUGUUACUUAAAUGUAUUCAUUCCGAAAUCAUUGAAUAAUCAAUAAAUAUUAAAUAAAUCUUUAGAUCGAUAAUGCAUCUUUAUUAAAAAAAUUACCAAAAUUUUUUUUUUAUUAAAUUCAAUGAUUAAUGUUCUAGAUAAUUUUCAAAGUAAAACAGUAUUCAAAUAUGGUUUCAAGUUACGAUAAUAUUUUUUCUAUUUUGAUUAAUAUUGUUAUAUACAAUAAAGAGCAGUUUUGUUCGUAUUAAAACUGAGAUCCUAGUUUGCCAGUGAGGCAUUAUUCCCAUCAUUGCAUAUAAGUGAUGACGUGAUAGGUGUAUUGUUGAUCGAAACAUUUAUUGUAAAAUUAACACCCAUUUCAUUUACUAUUUUCCCAUCAAUUUUGAGAAAUGGGAGACAGGUAUAAUGUUAGUGAUUAUUCAAGUUAGCUUACGAUUUUAAGAGUCACAUUUUAAUUUGACGAGAAUAUUCUCGUCUAAGGGGGAUGUUGCAUUAUCAAUAUAUAUUUAAUUAUAAUUAAACGUAAUAAUUACAUUUAUCAACUAAUUAGAUUGUUAGAUAUGUGCCUAUAUAAUAUGUAUAUAUAUAUAUAUAUAUUUGUGACGAGAAAAAUAUCGUAAAACGUCACAUUAUAUGCAAUUACGUAAUAUCUGUGUUUCAGCGAUAAAUCGCCCGUAAUAUUAGUAAUAAUCUGUCAUAUUUCGAAUUUAUUUACAUGAGAAAUUCUCAUAAUAUA